AUGUCAGAACUCUCUCAACAAGGUGAUCAAUAUAGUGGUAAUUUAUCUACUACUACAACUCUGAACAGUCAAGAUGAAGACACAUCAUCAAAUGGAAUAAAACUGCUAGUUGAGUUAUUAAAUUUAACAUGUUGCAGAUUUCCGUCAAUGUACCUUGCAAGACAGGAAUUAAAUCAAGCCUUUUUACUUUCACAAUUCAUAUCCGAUGAUGAUCAAGAAAUAAUUCUCGAUGAAGAAUACAUUAAAAAGAUUGGACAAAUUUUGACCUAUACAAUCACUAGAGUUUUCAAGGAAAAGAAAUGUUUUCACAAAAAGGAUAUUCCUACCAUUUGGAUAGAAGCAAGGAAAUUAUUCACUGAUUAUUGUCAAAUUGAUCAGUGUGAUGAUAACUCUGAUUUCCGAACAAGAAUUUUAGAAAUAUUAAAUGAUGGUGAUAGAAUGGAUAAAUUAUUUGAAAUUUGUAAAGUUUCCAAUAUUGAUUGUUUGUGGAAAUUAUAUUGUGAGGAAUUAUGGUGGAGAUUGUAUGAAUUUGUUGAUUUUGAAACAUUUAGUUCAAUUCCAACAAAGAAGAAGGAAUUUCCAGGAGUUGAAAAGUAUGUCAAACAAAAACUUGCUACACAACAAUUAUUACAACAGGACUUAGAAAAUCAACAACAACAAAAUCAACAACAGGAAAAUCCUCAACCUGUUCCAUUGAAUCUUGUUCAACAAGAAGAGGGAUUGAAUUCAACUGAUCAACAACAACAACCUUUAGAAUCGGAUAACAUUUCUAUUGAUUCUUCAUCAACAACGGAUUCGACAGUGGGAGAAAAGAAGAGCAAGAAGGAAUUGAAACGAAUCAGAAACAAACUAUUGAAAGAAGCAAAGAAACAAAAGAAACCUCCAACUGAUGAUUCAGCACUUUCCACAAUAUCUGAGGAGGUUUUUGUAAAGAGGGGUGGAUUUUUCAUGAACAAGGCAUGUCUUGACAAUGUGAGAUACUUUGUCUGGGGUUACUAUAAUGCAUUUGAACCAAAUUGGUACACAAAGGACAUUCUGGACUUGCAUUUCAAUGAGAAGAAACAUGAAAAUCCAUAUGGAAGAUUUAAGAAUAUUAUUCUUCUUGAUUUGGAUAAUGUGGGCCAGUCAAUCUUUUUACUCAAGGAGAGGAACUUUGAUUAUGGAAAGGAUUGUCUUUUAAUAGGUGUAGCAGGUCCAAAAUAUUCAACUUCUAUCAAGGUGAGUGAGGAGGUACUUCGUGAACGUGGUUCCAGUCUACACUUUGUAAAGAUCAGAUUGUCGGAACAGAAUUUGAGUGGAAUGAAUUCAUUUGAAAAGUAUUUAUUUGAUUUUUAUGAUAAGGGAUACUUUAAAAAGUUCAAGGAUGCUGCUGAUUAUUUACUAGGAGCCAUUGCUGGUGCAUUACAUCGUAUCACAGAUUUACACACUAGGAUUUUCAUUGUUUCCAAAGAUGACGGUUUGAGACACAUUCAAAAAAGUUUAAUCACUCGUGGAAGAGCUUCACAUUUGGUAACUUCUCAAGAAUCUCUCAUGUACACACUUGAUAAUUAUUUAUUCACACCAUCAGAACAGUGGAAUAGGCUGACUGAUCUUGCCAAACCAACCCUUACCAAGUUUGAACAAUUGAAUUUUGACGAAUUGACAAAAUCCAUUGAACCGAGAACAGUAGAUUAUAAACAAAGGUUGAACAAUAUAGAUAUUCAACAAUUGAGCGAUUCAAUUGUGAGUGAGGAGGAAAAGAUUAGAGUCUACUCAUCAACCACUGGUGUUGUUUUUGGUAGAGAAAUUCACGAAAAAAUCAUGGGAGAUUACAUUUAUGAUUACUAUUCAAAUGUUAAAGAUAGACAAGUCUAUUUGGAAAAUAUUAGAAUCAAGGGAAGAAGAUUCUCAUAUCAGGGUUGGGAAGGAAUUGUAAAGAGUUUAGCCCUUCCUCAUGUAAAUAUUACAUACUUGCAAGAAAUUGAUAUCAGAGGUUGUAGAAUUGAAGAUAAGGGAGCCAUAGAAUUGUUCCAAAUAUUGGAGUCAUGUUCUAACUUGACUCUGAUUGACGUUGGGGCUUGUUUCCUGACUGAUAAAUCUGCUCCAGCCAUUGCCAAGUAUUUGCUGAGUGAAAAGUGCAUUCUCCAAACUUUGGAUUUACGUUGGAAUUCUAUUGGUGCUAAAGGUGCCAAAAUCAUUAUUGACACUUUGGAACAUAACAAGUCCUUGACUUCAAUCUCCUUCCGUUUGAAUCCUAUCCAAAGUGUGGGCGCAAAUUAUGUUAUAAGAAAAUCUCUUGAAUGCUCAGCAGGUGAAAGAUAUGGAUUCAGUAUUGAUUGUAGACAGACCUCAAAAUCCGAUGAUUUAGGAUUUGUUUUUAGUGACAUGAUAGAGAGUGUUCAAAAUGCUAAAAGAGCAGAGUUUCCUGUUCCGUUUUCUCUUGAUUUGAGCAGUGUAGAAAUGUACCCUGAAGGUACCAUUCACUUGUCUAACUUUUUAUAUCAAGUCUCAGAGAUACCAAUCAAGAACAGACCUUUUGAAAUUACCAAACUAGCUCUCGACUAUAAUAAUUUAGGAGAUUUGGGUGUAGAAUACUUGUCUAGAGGUUUAAUGAAUUCAAGCUCUAUUCUCAUUCUUACAAUUGGUAGAAAUUUAAUUACUGAGAAAGGAGCCAUCUGUCUGGCACAAGUUCUAAAGAAGAAUCAAACACUAACUUAUUUGGACUUGCAAAAGAACAAGGUUGGAGAGUUGGGAGGCUUUUCUCUUGCUGAGGCAUUGAGAACUAAUCAAACCUUGACCUAUCUUAAUUUAAAGUCAAAUUACAUUGGUGAUUUGGGAGCUUUGGCAUUUGCAAACGCCUUCUCACCAACUGAUCAAAUAUUUAAGAAUACUAAUGAACCAACAUUGGAAAGAAAUGUUGGUGAAUUCAAUGACACUCUCAUAAAUUUGGACUUGACAAACAAUAGAAUAACCUAUCUCAGUGCUCGCCACUUGAUGAAAUCCAUUGAGAGAAAUACAAGCUUAUCCAGAUUGAAUAUGAGCAAUAAUCCUGAUAUGCUCUCCGAUUCAAUUGUUGAUUUGACAACUAAGUUGUAUGCAAGAGACACAAGUGAAUAUCAAGAUUUAAAUUGUGGAUCGUGGUGGCUUGAAAUUAGUGAUUGCUCAUUGAAAGAUAAGGCAAUGGAGACAUUUGAAAAGUUCACAAAGAAACCAAUAUCGCAUUUCCUUAUUAGCGGUAAUGUUCUUGGAGAUUUUGAUUACUGUGAAGAGAUGAGAAGCGUUAUUUCCACUUUUUAUCCACAUUCUAACUUAUUCAAUGCCAACACUUCCCUAGUUUCAUUGAAUUGUGUGUUUGAAAAUUUAUUACAGAGUUUAAUUUGUGUAGAUUUGAGAAAUUGUUCAUUGGGUGAUGAUGAUUUAUCAUUAUUAUUCAGUGACAAUUCAAUUCUAUUGGACAAGAUAGGAAAUAGAAAACCUUCGAAUAUUUAUCAUUUGAACUUAUCAGGAAAUCACUUUACUCCAAGAUCUGGUGUUUAUUUACGCAAAUUAUUAGAGUAUAAUACAUCCAUUACAUGCCUAGUUUUGAAUUAUAACAAGGUGGGUGAUUUAGGUUUGAAGGAAGUAGUAGAUUCACUCUAUGAGAAUAACCAUACUCUGACUUCACUCUCCAUUAGAAAUAAUGACAUUACAGAUGCUGGUGUAUUAUUUUUGUCAGAGUAUAUGAAAAAGAUGAAAGAUAAUGCAGUAUUGGGAUUUAUUGAUUUGGAAUCUAAUAUGAUUACUGAUAAAGGAGCAGAAUACUUGGGAGAAGGUAUUUCAACAGAAAACUAUGAUGCUAUUCACUUUAUUACUCUUGAAAGAAACAACCUAACAAGUACAGGUAAUGCUCACAUUUUGCAAAUGGCCUCAAGAAAAGUAACCUCAGAUAUCAACUCUGGCAUUAUUCAAACUAUUCAUUUGGCUCUGUAA